UCGCUCCUAAAAAAGACUUUCUUUUACUCUGCCUCAUGGUGCUUAAAGUGUGCUUGAUAUUCUGGCAAACGAUCUUCCGUGCUUAGAAGAAAAAAAUAGGAAGUUCGGAAGAUUUUUUUUAAAAUUUGAAAGUGAAUUGAGUGAAAAGGAUUUUUUUUUCUCUUUUUUUGAAAAGUGAAAUCUUCAGACUUCAGGACAAUUAGACGGAGAUAGGAACGUCCUCCAGCAGAUCGCAAUGAACCGCAGGAUCUUAAGAAGCUUGUAAAUUGCUGACUCUCGAGACGACAGGAAUCUCCUCAAUAGACUUAUCAACAGGUUCUGCCCGCCGCCCGGAGCCAUGAACCAGCAGUGUCGCGUGUGCGGCGAGCCGGCUGCCGGCUUCCACUUCGGGGCCUUCACGUGCGAGGGAUGCAAGUCGUUCUUCGGGCGGACGUACAACAACGUGUCGUCUCUGGGCGAGUGCAAGAACGGCGGCCGUUGCGUCAUCAACAAGAAGAACCGGACAGCGUGCAAGGCCUGCCGCCUGCGCAAGUGCCUGCUCGUCGGCAUGUCCAAGAGCGGAUCCAGGUACGGCCGUCGCUCCAACUGGUUCAAGAUCCACUGCCUGCUGGAGGACCGGCGCUCGUCCGCGGCAGGAGAGCUGGGCGGGUCGGGGGCCUCCGGGUGCUGGGGCGGCCCUGGCACCAGCGACGACGAGGGCGACCCCAUCGACGUGUGCGGCCCCCCGGAGGUGCCUCGCGGGUCGCCGCCCCCCGCCCGCACCUCCCCCGCGCUCAGCAGCCCCGACUCACACGCUUCAGACAACUCGGUGGAGGCGUCCCUGUACGGCGAGGGCGGAGGGCGCCACCUGCCCUACCUCCCCGCGCUCUACCCCCGGCUCAGCGUCCUCCCUCCCCCUCCCCCUUCGCCCGCCUCCUCCUCCUCCUCCUCCCCCUCGUCCUCGUGCCCCGGCGCCCCUCUCAGCCCCCUCCUGAUCUCGCAGUUCCCCCUCGGCGGCAGCACUCCCCCUCCCUACUCCCUCUACCCCUACUUCUCCCCCCACACGGCUUGCUACGCCCCCUCCUAUGACCUCUCCUUCGACGCCAUUAGACGGUCGCCCGAGGAGGCAUCGCUCGCCGCGCCCGUCGGGGUCGCCCUGAAGGCCGCGGCGCCUCCGUCGGACGUGCCAAUGGACCUGUCGGUGCGAUCCAGCGCCGCGUCUCCGCCCGACGCCGGAGCCGACCACGACAUCCUGGACUUGUCCCUCAAGACCCGACAGGACCCGAAGGAGGAGGUCGAGUCCGCGGAGCCCGAGAAGGAGAACUCCCACGAGACGCCAGAGCGGCCGACGGCCUCCGCCCCCGGGGUGGCCGUAGGGAUGGGGGGGUCCUGCGCCCUCACGCCCCUGAACCUCGCCCUCCACCUCCAGCCGCGGGCGCGCUCCGUCUCCUAG